GUUUCGCGUUAAUUGAUAAUAUCAAUGAUCUCUAUAAUUCAACAUCUGAUAGGACACGAAUCCGUGAUAAAGUAUAAAUAAGUGAAGAGUAUUAGAAAAUCUUCAUUACAAUAUUGUGUUACGUGAGAUCAGGGUAUAUUAUGGUGUUCAUCAUAUUUGCAAUUUUUCUAAGUUUUUUGCAAAAUGGUCUCGCUCAGUAUCCAGCACAAUUCUACAUACAACCAGAGAUCGUGGAAAGAAGAAUUCCUGCUCCCGUCUUCAUCCCAGAGACUCCGAUAACGCAGAUGAAGUUUCCCAACCCAACCACUAUAAUCACAGACUGCACACCGUCUGUCUGUCACAAUUUGGGCAACUUGGUACAACUUAUGAUAGUCAGUAACCUCCUUCAAAACACUAAUAUAGGGUCACCUGCGGCUAUUAAAAUAGCUCUACCAAUCAUAAAAGAAGUCCUAUCUUCUCCUUCGCUAGCGAACAUCUGUCCAGAGUCUUUGAAGCAGAAAUUUAAUAUGAUUGCAUCAAGAUUACCAGUAGCAAACACAGUCGCAAAUAUUUCUCCCAAUAUAGCCGUACCAAAUUUGGAAGUCAGUCCAAACUUAUUUAUAGCAAAUGACCUUUGGAGGGCCGCUCCAAAUUUAAACUCACCUAAUAUAAUUUACCAAAACCUACCUGUUAACAAUAACAUACCUGGUAAUACGAUUUUACAAGAUCUGGUUUUACAGGAACUAUUUGAAACCAAACCCGUACAAUCGUUACCUUACAUACCUUACCAGAAUCUUCCCUUACCUGUAGAAACAAUUUCAAAUACCUUGCCUCUAAAUGUAGCUCUGCAAAAUAUUGUACCUCUACCUUUUAAUAUUCAUGAAACAAAAGCAGUUCCAAAUUCUCUACCUCUCACUAUAAUUUACCAAGACCUUCCUUUAUCUGUGAACACAAAUAAUGUACCUAUCAAUACAGUUUUGCAAAAUGUACCUGUCGAUUCACCCCAACGCAAUAUUGAAGGUUUACCUUUUAAAAUUGUUUUUAAAAGUUCUCCAAAUGAACGCGUAGACUAUACUCCUAAUGUUGUCUCUCGAAAUACUCCAAGAAGCAACCUCAAUACUAUUUCUUCGUCUUUUCCGUUGUCGAUUUCUUCUCCAAAUACCAAACCCGUUAUAAAAUUUCUACUAAGAUCGUAAAUCUAGUAUGCUUGUUAUUGUUAUUUCUAAAUGCUAACUAGGCUGUGUCUAGGCAUAUUGUAAAUUGUUAUGACUUGAAUGAGUAUUUUUUGUUGUGUUAUUUUUGUAAAUAUGAUUG